AUGUAUGUCCUUGCGCAGGUCAUUUGCAAUUUAAAGAUCAAGCAGCUUGUCGACGCCUGGAGGAUGACUAGUGUUCAGGAGCGUAUGACAACCCUGUUGUGGAUUCGCCUCACGCAUUGUCUCAGUUCCCCGUGCGCUUUGAGUUGUCAGGGCAUAUCCAAUAGCACAAAUUGGAUAGGCACUCCAUGUUAUCCCGUGCAAGUCUACGGACUAGAAGUUGCUGUCGUCGUCGGCGCCGAAAGAAAAGCGACGAGAAGAGGCCGCACUGUAGUGGUUGUAUACGAAAUCAUCUCAGUUGCACAUUUCCAAGUGGAGGACAGUCUGUGGACAGACGCACAUGUACAAAAGUCUCCAGGUUGCGGCAAAGAAAAGCUGCAAUUGAAGCCAGUUCACAAAAUUAAUGCUAGCAAUGCCAUGGCCUUUUAA